AGCACUCCGACACCGCAUAGCUCUUCCUCUCUCCUUCCACGGCAGCCUGGAUCGAGCCGCUGCCGUCAAAUCGACAACAGACAGCUGACAUAUAUACACACUACCCGGCGACAACAGGCCCCCUCCCAUGCCAGACGCACAGGAGGGACCAGCAGGCGGGCCCAUCCGGAAGCGCAUCUCUCGCGCAUGCGACUCUUGCUACUCGCUGCGCACAAAAUGUAACGGCGAGAAUCCCUGCCAGCAGUGUGUCAAGACGAGUAUACCGUGUACCUUUGACAGGGCCCGGAAAAAGCGCGGCAAGGCGGCAAGGAAGGAGCAGGAUGGCCAUAGAGAGCCCGAACCACUUGCUGCACGACCGCCGCCUGUCCAUGCCUAUCGUGCAGGGCCGUCGCUCCAGCAGCACCAGCACCAGCAGCAGCAGCAACAAGGUUUCAAGCAGGAACAAGGACCUGGGAUAGCGCCGCACUUCCCAUACUUUAACGACGGCCGCACGCCCACGAGCGACAAUGGAAUGCGCCUUCCUAGCCUACAGCGCGACCAGCUCGAUACACUCUUAUCUCAGUCACCAGGUAUUCCACCGGAUGGCUUGCUACCGUCUCCACAUCCUCCUCGAGAGGGAAGCUUCAUGCCACCAAGCAAUACAAGUAGCUUCUUGCCUCCGACAUCAACAGGCAUGUACGCGACAGAAACCUUACCAUCGCCGAUGACGGGUCUAUCGAUGUUUUCACAACUCGCCGGUACUGCUGCACAAACUAAUUACAUGCUCAAUCCUCAAAGUCAUCAUGCGGAUCCGCUCGAGUAUCGUCGCCCAGGCUCAGUCAUGGGACAUCGUGGCGGAUUGCCCAGUAUGACGGGUGAAUCACCUGCGAGUUUCAAAAGUGCUUCACCGCAAGUUCACCUACCGAUGCAUGAUCGAUACCGACAAACAUACCAUCCACCAGGCUCACUACCAGAAGGUCUUCGCUACCCAAUCUUUGUGGCACAUUUACGAGCAUUGUCAUUUCUACCACUGCACGUCAUUAGUCACCUGGCAGAAACGUACUUUGACAAUUCACCGUAUGUGCUUGGCUAUACACUUCGGCAACGUGACUUUCUCCACCCAACAACACCGAGAGUCACGAGCCCAGCGCUGGUGUUCGCAGUAUUGUGCGUGAGUGCGCAUACUUGUGAAAAUGCCUUUUUCGGUCAAACACCCGUGAUGCGGGCAAAGAUUGUCCAGCGGUUAUUUGAAUUGUCUGUUGCUGCGUUACGACCUUUGCAGCACGAUGAAGUAGGUGGUGGUGGGCUGGAUGAUGUGAUGACUUAUACGCAACUCGGUACCAUCAUCAUGGCAUCUGAAUUCAAAGGUGUCUCCUUGCGUUGGUUGUAUGGUGCAUGGACACUUGCAAAAGAGCUGCAUCUCAAUCGCGAGUGGACAGAGCAUACAGCAAUCUCUGAGACAACGCGUGAAGAAAGACGGCGAGCAUGGUGGCUGUUGUUUAUGAUUGAUCGGCAUUUAUGCUUGUGCUACAAUAAACCCAUGGUGUUGAUGGACGUUGAGUGUACGAAUCUGUUGCACCCUAUGGAUGAACAACUCUGGCAAUCACACGAGGAUAUUGAUGGGCCUGGUGAGUUGAACAUGUCGGGGGAUGCACAAACACCCGAUGGUUACUUGCAGCAACAUCAACAGCAACAACAUCAGCACGGUCAAUUCCUCAAAAUGCUAUAUGAGGAGCGCGCUCGAGGUCCGCGUGUCUUUCAAGUACAAGGGCCGGGUAUCUUUGGCUUCUUCCUACCGCUCAUGUCCAUCUUGGGGGAAAUUUGCACAAUCUUCCAUUUAAAGCACCACAUCUUGCUACGAUUUGAUGAUUUAGCACCACAAAAGGCAAGAGUUCGCGAACACCUCGAUGCCUACAAACGAUCCCUUGAACGCUGGAAUGAUCCAUCCACCGUUCCUGCACCAGCCAAUAUACUCACACGAGCGCGUCAAUUCUCAGAGGGCACUUUUGUUGCGUAUGCGUUACAACUCAUGCAUACCAUGCACAUCUUGCUGUGUUGCAAGUUUGAUCCGAUUGAUAUGAUGAAUGACGCAGAUGGUUGGAUCUCAAGCGAUGAAUUCAUUGGUGCAACCACACACGCCGUUACUGCUGCAGAAGCAGUCUCAACCAUCCUCCGCAUCGACCCAGAUUUAUCCUACAUUCCCUUCUUUUUAGGGAUCUACCUCUUGCAAGGUUCAUUCUUGCUGUUUUUGAUUGUGGAUAAGCUGGAGCAAGAUGCAGAUGACGCUGUGAUUGAAGCGUGCGAGACGUAUAUUCGAGCGCAUGAGAGUGCCAUCACCACACUCGAUACGGUCUACCAGCGGAAUUUCAGGCGUGUGAUGCGAUCCACGCUGAAUUCCAUCCGGUAUAAAGUGAGGAGUACGGAUGAAGAGAAGGAGAAGCGGAGGGAGUUGUUGACGCUGUAUCGAUGGUCUGGUGAUGGGCGUGGAUUGGUCGUGUAGCAGCUGUAGCUUUCCUCCUCCUCCUGCCAUCUGAAUACAUUUGAG